CGGCUAGCCCGGCAGCCUCGCCCGGUACCGCACCGGCCGGCGGCAGAGCGCUCGCGAUGCUGCCGCCCGCGCCCUCCGUCCUGCUGCUGCUGCUGCUGUGUCCCGCGCACGUCGGUGGGCUGUGGUGGGCGGUGGGCAGCCCCCUGGUCAUGGACCCCACCAGCAUCUGCAGGAAAGCACGGAGGCUGGCAGGGCGGCAGGCUGAGCUGUGUCAGGCCGAGCCAGAAGUGGUGGCGGAGCUGGCCCGGGGCGCCCGGCUUGGGGUGCGAGAGUGCCAGUUCCAGUUCCGUUUCCGCCGCUGGAACUGCUCCAGCCACAGCAAGGCCUUCGGGCGCAUCCUGCAGCAGGACAUCCGGGAGACGGCCUUCGUGUUUGCGAUUACGGCUGCGGGCGCCAGCCACGCGGUCACGCAGGCCUGCUCCAUGGGCGAGCUGCUGCAGUGCGGCUGCCAGGCGCCCCGCGGGCGGGCCCCUCCCCGCCCCCCUGGUCUGCCCGGCACCCCCGGGCCCCCGGGCCCGGCCGGCUCCCCCGACGGCAGCGCUGCCUGGGAGUGGGGAGGCUGCGGCGACGACGUGGACUUUGGGGAUGAGAAGUCGAGGCUCUUUAUGGAUGCGCGGCACAAGCGGGGACGCGGAGACAUCCGUGCGUUGGUGCAACUUCACAACAACGAGGCCGGCCGGCUGGCCGUGCGGAGCCAUACGCGCACCGAGUGCAAGUGCCACGGGCUGUCGGGCUCGUGCGCUCUGCGGACCUGCUGGCAGAAGCUGCCCCCGUUCCGCGAGGUGGGCGCGCGGCUGCUCGAGCGCUUCCACGGCGCCUCGCGUGUCAUGGGAACCAACGACGGGAAGGCCCUGCUGCCCGCCGUCCGCACUCUCAAGCCGCCCGGCCGCGCCGACCUCCUCUACGCCGCCGACUCGCCCGACUUCUGCGCUCCCAACCGGCGCACCGGCUCGCCCGGCACGCGCGGCCGCGCCUGCAACAGCAGCGCCCCGGACCUCAGCGGCUGCGACCUGCUGUGCUGCGGCCGCGGGCACCGCCAGGAGAGCGUGCAGCUCGAGGAGAACUGCCUGUGUCGCUUCCACUGGUGCUGCGUCGUGCAGUGUCACCGCUGCCGCGUGCGCAAGGAGCUCAGCCUCUGUCUCUGACGCGCCGCCUGGCGGCUGCGGGACCUCUACACCCCAGCGGGGGCGCUGCCCAGCUUCUCCCGGCGACAGCCCAUCUCCCAGGCCUCCGGAAACGGAGAGGCGGCGGGGCUGGGGAUAGACGCCCGCCCAGGAAGGCCCCAGGGCGCUGGAGAACCGCACCCCCCACCU